GUUGUAUAACAAGAACAAAAAAAAAAAAAAAAAAAACGGUGACGAAAAGCAAUGCCAAUUGUAUCACAAAGUGCUGGUAACGUACUGAAUUAAAACAGUCACAGGCGACAGGACCCGUGCAGAAGAUGUGCCACAUGUAUCACAAUAAGAAAGACUCAGAGGCAACUGGUUGUCGGGAGUUAACUUCUGCAUGGUUGUGUAACAUUAGCUAAGAAAUUCCUGUCAGUCAAGAUGACAUCUUCAAGAAAAGCCGGGUCUAGUAUAAUCUAUUCACCUCAAUACAGAGACUGUUUUACGCACAGCAUUAAAAUUGAAGAACCGGCACCUACAUCCAAAAGGCAUUUGAAAGAACAAUCAGCAUCAAUGUCUGAGACUAGAAGAUUGCCUUAUCUAAGAAACAGUGCCUCUGCUUGCUUUGCGAAAAGAAAGGAUAGUACAGCUUGGCUUUCACACAAUUCUUUCACACAUAUUCAGGCCAAUGCGGAUCUCGAAAGUUGUGAGGCAAAUGCAAUGGCUCAGACUAUACUGGACACAGAAAAUGGAUUUGUAAAGGAGCUGGACAAUUAUCUGAAGUACAAGGAUGUGCGUGAGCGAAGGAAGAAAGAGCUUCUUUGCAAGAAAUGGACUGAAUGCGUGUCAGGCCCAGUUCAGCAUACAAUAGAAAAACACAUGAAAAACCAUUGCUAUGAAAAAGCAAAGGAAGGGAGACGCAUGUUUUUACAAUAUCUGGAUUGCUGUAAUAAAAAGGGUUAUGUGUUUUUGGAAGAUUAUGAUCCACGUGAAUACAACCCUUUUUUACUGCACUUGAGCAAACCACAUUAUUUCAAGUUUCUAACUCCUGCUCUAAACGAUCCACUUCUGAAACAAAGCUGUGAAAGGAUGCAAGAAGAAAGACUCAUUCUGCUGUGUCAGACAGGUAAAGUUUACUCUGACAAAGAAAUGGAGGCAUUGCACACACCGAAUUUGCCUCUAAUACCCAAAGGUCGUCACGGGGUUGACAGUAUUAAAUGGCUGCUAAUGCAACUUGGGGAUAUUGAAAGUGAUGCUCGACGCAAAAUCAGGAAAAAAUCAGUAAGAAAAGUAAAUUCCAAGGAAGAAUGACUACUGUUUAACCUGCAGCAUUGGUCCUGUAUCCAGGAAUUGGAGUCCACACCAGCCAGCUGCUUUCUGUACCCUCCCAUCAAUAACUUCACUUGUACUUCUUUAGUGCCUUUGACCUGUUCUGUUUUACAAUAAAUCAGGAGUCCCAGUUGUAUGCAUGAUCAGUUUAGAGAUCACAUUAAAAACAAUAAUGUUAAAUUAUGAGCAGUUCACCAAUUUAUUUGAAUUGUUUUUUUAAUGAAUGAAAGACUGUUGUACAUCAACCUGGACAGGUUGCAUUUUAUAUUCAAAAAAUGUAUAAUUGAGUAAUUUAAAUCUUUUUUUGACUAUUUACUGCAGAAUGUCAAUGACAAAUUGUUUAACGUAUUCAAAUAAUGUUUAGCAGUAAACUUAAUACCUUCUGCAAGAUUACUCAUUUAACUUGUUUGUUUUUUGAAAAUCUAAGUAACUUGAAACAUUGAUUCAGAAGGGUUUAUUAGUUUUUGUUUAUUUUUUUGUGUGUUUGCUUGUUUUGUUAUUUUCAAUGGAUGCAAGUACAUUUUGCAUAGAAUGGAAAUAAUAAAAGUAUUAAUUUGUAAUUUUUAAGUAUUAAAAUAUGGUUAAUUAUUUGUAUUUCACUUUUUUUUAAAUAUUGGUGCUAAACAAGACUAUUGGUUUGGUAAAAUAUUACUUAUUUUGAUUCUACAUAUGUACUGUUGUGAAAUUGCCACCCAGUGUCAGUAAAAUUUAGCAUGAGUGGAGAAAUGAGUUUUCCUUCUUAAGCAAUAAAAUAUUCUCUCAAUACAUGACGCAUGUUUUUUUUUUUUUUUUUUUUUUUAAGCAGCUACAGUAUGAAAUCAUUGGUGCUGGGGAUCCCACGUGGAACUGUAAUAAAACAAAUCCCCCCACCCCUUAUUGUGAAAUCUAUAUAGAAGCACACUAUGGUGUACAAUAUGAAUGAAUGUGUGCAUUAUUUGAAAAGUCUCUUCAGUCCUUGUGAGCUUCACAUUCACACUGCAUCAUACAUAAUACAUUGUACUGUAGUUCCAGAAGAUAAAAUACCAGGUAAAUAAUUUCACUCACUCUAUCUUUAUGCUCCUAACAGAAACUGCUUCUACGAAAAAGUAGAUCGAUUAAAAUAAUACAGUAUGCAGUUACUUUUUACUUGUUUUAUGGUGGUAAUUCUAAUUUAUUUACAGUGAACACUUGAAAAACUAAAGUUCACAAACCAUUUUGUUGAUGAGGAAAGUUUCUACAUACACACGCACACACUUUAUAGAAAGAAAAUCUUCAAAAAUAUACUUCUAUUUCUCUAAGAAAUAUAGAACACAAUAUUUAAAAGGGAAAAAUAUUGCUUUAUAUUUAAUAUUAGCAUAGAUCUUGGGAUAAACAUUUUCUAAAACAAAUAAUCAUAAUUCCAAAUAAACUAUUCAGUGCAGGAAACAAGUAAUUACAGUUCCUGAUUAAAUAAUAUCAAAUGACACAAUGAUAUAGAGAGUCUCUUGCAAAUCGUCUGAACAAAAACCCUGAGACCAUAUGAAUCCAGUGAUACAGUCUCGACAAAAUAAUUACCCUGCACAAAUCCAUA